GGCGGUCGAAGGGUGAUAAUGAAAAUGUCAAUUUGUCUCAAGUCAAAGAAUCAGUGCUCUGGUUGUUGUCUUAGAAUAUUAGUUUAGACGACUUCUUUUGGUCAAACUACUAGAAAGUCAAAACUUUUAGGUAAUUGCUCUUGUAUAAAUAUACAUUACUUCUAAGUUCUCAACCUUCAUUACAAAUUCUCUCAAUUCAGGUUUCUUUUCUAACAAGCAAAAACUCCAACCUUUACUUCUUUCUUUUCUUUUCUUUUUUAUAACCCUCUCAAAUCUUAAUUUACUUUGCUUUCUUAAUUCACAAAAAAAAAGUAUGAAGAGAGAAAGAUCUGAUUUCGAAGAAUCCAUCAAGAAUCUAGACAUUGCCAAAUGUCUGAUGAUUCUAGCACAAACCUCCAUGGUUAAACAGAUCGGUUUGAGCCAACAUACCGAGAGCCAUACAAGCAACCGAUUCGAAUGCAAGACGUGUAACCGGAGAUUUUCUUCGUUUCAAGCCCUUGGUGGUCACCGGGCAAGCCAUAAGAAGCCAAAGCUCACCCUUGAGCAGAAGGAUGUCAAACCUCUUAGCAACAAUUACAAAGGAAAUCAUACGCACGAGUGUUCCAUAUGCGGUCAAAGUUUUGGGACCGGACAGGCUUUAGGUGGUCACAUGAGACGGCAUAGGUCAAGCAUGACGGUCGAGCCAUCGUUCAUCUCUCCGGUGAUUCCUACCAUGCCAGUUUUAAAACGAUGCAGUAGUAGCAAGAGGGUUUUGUGUUUGGAUUUGAAUCUAACUCCGUUAGAGAAUGAUCUUGAAUAUAUUUUUGGGAAGACAUUUGUCCCAAAAAUAGAUAUGAAGUUCGCUCUUUAGUUUUUUUUUUUUCUUUCU